CAGGAAAUCACUGGAGGCAGUGACACCUCAUGUCAGAAUUUAUUCAUAGUUUAAUGGAAUAAUCCUUUUACUUAUUUGUACAAUAUUUGUAAUAACAUUAUUAUUAGUUUGUUUGCAGUGAGAAUUGUUAACAUUUUUAAAUUUAAAUUGGAAGGCAGUUUAUUAAAGAUGAGUAAAACCACUCAACCGCUAAUUUGCGACUGGCAAAUAUCAAAGCAGAAUAUUAAGGAAAGGGGUCAAUACUUGUUAGAAACCGGUCUAUGGAGUGACUGCAGGUUUAUCGUUGGCACUGAACCAAUUCAGCAAGUUCUGGAAUGUCACAAGUUAUUUCUUGCUAUGGCGAGCCCAGUUUUCGAAGCAAUGUUUUUUGGUGGCAUGGCCGAAAAGGAUCCAAUAGUGAUCCUGGAUGUUCAGCCAGAUGCAUUUAGGGCUUUACUAGAAUAUAUUUAUACUGAUAAGAUAAACUUGACAUCUUUUGACCAAGCAUGUGAGCUGUGCUAUGCUGCUAAAAAGUAUAUGUUUCCAAUUUUAGUGGAAGAAUGUAUGAAGUAUCUGUGGUCAGAUUUGUUUCCUAAAAACGCUUGUAGAGCAUAUGAGUUUGCUAAGCUUUUUGAGGCACCACAGUUGAUGGAAAAAUGCAUAAGGAUAAUUAAAGAACAAACCAUUCAAGUUUUAACAGAAACGAGUUUUGAAGACGUAGAGCUCAGUACCAUCUUAACGGUGUUUGAUCAGGAAGAGCUAAACAUUAACUCUGAACUGGAGCUCUUUAAUGCAGCUUACAGAUAUGCUACUAGGCAAAGCCAGACAGGUGUCAAAGUUCCCAGACUAGAUGAUGGAAUAGCUCAUGCUUCUGUUGGAGAAAGCAGCAGUAACUCAAACCAUCCAACUGUCCGUGAUGCCAUUAAAAAAAUCCGGUUUUUAACUUUGACACCUCAGCAAUUCGCCGAGGGUCCAGGGAAGUCGACCUUGUUAAGUGAGUCUGAAAAAUUUGCGAUUUUAAUGAAUAUUUGCUCUCCAAAAGCGGGCACGCCUAUGCCUGACGGGUUCACUAACUCGAAUAAGCCCAGGAGAGUUCAGCCAACUAACCAGAUACACCAACACACUGGGGCAAAAUUUAUUUGGCCUGAACCUUCACUCGAUGCUCCAGUGCUGUGUUGUAUGGUGCGUGCCCAAGGAUCCCAUAAUAGCGACCCGUCAAAAAUAUUAACAUGCAACCGAAUCCUGUUAAGAACAUCAGAAUGUAUGAACACCAAUGUGUUGGACUGUGCUGUUACCUUUGUUUGCGACAAAAAUAUUUGUGUCUAUGGAAUACAGGUUCCUGCCCAGAUUCCAAUGAACGAUGAGAAACAACCACCGAAUCUUUAUUAUGCAGAGCUGCUUUAUGCACACCUUGUGGAUGCAGAAGGCAGUAGGCUCACUUACACACAUUUUACUUCAAGAGUUAACUACCAUUCAUUUAUUGAGAUUUCUUUUAAUCGCCCUGUGUAUAUACAGAAAAAUAAGGAAUACAAAGUGGGGGUUGUCUUGAAUAAAGUGGGCUGCUACCCCAACGGAAUCUACGAAAGCCAGCAAACCUGCGGCGGAGUCACCUUUACAUUUUCGCAAGGCCAAGGCGGCGAUCCGAUUAGGGACGGAUUAAUUCGCUCGAUUAUUUUUUCGAUACCUCCUGCCAGUAACAGUUUGAGCGGCAACUCUAGUAUGUCCGGAGACCAUAACAUGCCACCAAAUUUAAUUUAAUUGCUUUAAGUUGGCAUGAAGGGCGAUUUAAUCUCGCAUGAUUAAUGGUAAUCUGCGGAGUAAAAUGCUUUCAGUUCGAUUGGUGCGGCAGGUUAAUAAAGUUUAAAGCUAUUUCAGUAACUGAUUGAAAUAGUGCAAUGUUUAAAAAAAAUUGAAUAGUUCUAAGAAGCGAUUUGCAAUUUUUAAAUAUUCUUAUUGGUUUCCUUUAUGUUCCUUUGUCAGCAAUCGUGUUGAAGUUAUGUGCAAAGCAAAAAACUUUAUAAAACUUUAUAACACAAAAAAACUUUUUUGUUUGUAAAUAGUUAUAGGUUUAGAGAUAUGUCAUAUAAUAUUAGAAUUUAUUUAUUAAAUUUGAGUUAAACUUAA